AUGGCCAGUUCAAGUAAGGAUGAUCCGAACAUUGAUCCAGAAGUCAGGUUUAUUAUGGAGGGAACUGCACGUUUGGUCGCCAAGCAUGGGUUGUGGUUGGAGAGCAGGUUCUUGAAGUAUAAUACGGAUAAUAAACUAUACAAAUUUCUAAGGAGCCCAGACCACCAUUAUCACACAUUUUACCGGAACAAGAUUGUUGAAUACCGAAAUGCUCAGCGGAAAAAGGUUAUCAAACCUUUUGGUCCUACUAAUAAUGUUGCACAACCUCCAACUCUAAAAAUUAAGUGUCCUGAAGGAAUGUCGCCCAAGGAUUUUGGCGUUAUUAAACUCACAGCUCAGUUUGUGGUGCGUUACGGGAGGUAUUUCUGGUCAGAUUUGUUGAAAAGUGUUACUAUGAACCCAAACCCUCAGCUUUCCUUUAUCAAUGCAAGUGAUUACAGAUUUAAUGUUUUACUCGACCUUGUUGAUGCUUAUGGUAAGAUUUUAACGCCUUAUUGGAAGCGGCCACCUAGUAAACCUAAACAACAUGCUUGCAAAGAAUCAUUUCUCCAAGGGUUUUUCAAUAUUCUUCAAGGGAAAAAGCAAGAUGAGGAGGAGGGAGUAGAGAUAGAGAUAGAGAGGGCUGUUUUUGAUCUGCAUGAUUUAUCAGGAUGUCUUGACUAUUUUGCUUGCAGUGAUGAUGGAAAGUGGAAACUACCUGGACGAAUUUCAGCAAAAAUGUUGUCUGAUGGUAUGCUUGAUUCUCCUCCAACUAAUGAUGAUGCACAAGGCCAACCCGUUCCUCUAUUUACGGAUCCUGAUCCUCUAAUACCUCGCGAAUAUCCAUUUACAUAUCCUAAAGGGAUCACACGUAGGCAGCUUGGUAUUAUCAAAGUCACAGCACAGUUUUAUGUGAGGUAUGGGUAUGCAUUCUGGAUGGCUUUGAUAAGGAGAGUGGCUAUAAUCGAGAACUCUCAUCUAAACUCUCUGUUCGAGUUUACCAUGUCAGAAGGUAGGUACAGCUUUUUCUAUCGGCUUGUUGCUGCUUACUCGAAAGUAUUAAUGCCUUCAUGUACUUGUCCGGAGAGAGCUGUCCUCAAGGGGAAAAUCAGGAGGGUUUCUACUCCAAACGUGGAGAGUGGGCAAGUCAUUGAGAUCACUCUGCAGUCGUUAUCAAAAAAUGUGGCAAGUCUGAAGGAGAAAAUAGCUAGGAAGAUCCAAAUUCCAGCAAACAAACAGAAGUUAUGGGGAAAAGCCGGGUUUCUAAAGAAGGAUAACAUGUCAUUGGCACAUUACUAUGCGGAAGCAAGAGAAACUCUAAUUAUGUCUUUGUGA